AACACAACUUCAGUUCGGUCAACUUCGUCAUUUAGUUUAGUGGUGACCGAGACUUCAAUGUGUGUGGUAGUGAAGUUAACAUUUCUAACAUAGCAUUCACACUAAAUAACCUCAAUUAACUACAUAAAACGUACAUUAAAGAACAAAUCGUGAUUGAAUAAAUAUUGUACGUGAAUCUGUUAUCAUUUAUAGUAACUAAAAUGUGUGAUAAUACGAAUCCUUCGACGCAGAGUAUAGCGGACUACUUAGCACAGUUGCUCAAAGACAGGAAGCAACUGGCUGCGUUCCCAAAUGUUUUCAUGCACAUGGAACGACUUCUGGACGAAGAAAUCGCAAAAGUUCGCGCGAGUCUGUUUCAAAUAAAUGGGGUCAAGAAAGAACCCCUCAUUCUUCCAGAACCCGAAGGAAUGGUCACUACACUUACAGAAAAAGUAUACGUGCCAGUAAAAGAGCAUCCAGAUUUCAACUUCGUUGGAAGAAUCUUAGGACCCAGGGGUAUGACUGCAAAGCAGUUGGAACAGGAGACAGGAUGCAAAAUUAUGGUUCGUGGAAAGGGAUCGAUGAGGGACAAAAAGAAGGAGGAUGCAAAUAGAGGCAAGCCCAACUGGGAGCAUUUGGCAGAUGAUUUACAUGUGUUACUGACCGUCGAAGAUACGGAGAACAGGGCUAAGAUAAAGCUUGCCAGAGCUGUAGAUGAAGUGAAGCGUCUGCUUAUACCUCAAGCAGAUGGAGAAGAUGAACUAAAGAAGCGUCAACUCAUGGAACUGGCCAUAAUCAACGGCACAUACCGCGACUCAAGCGCCAAGGGUGUUGUGCCUGUCAACGGUCAGUGCGUAUUAACUGACGAGGAAUGGCGCCGCGUCGCUGCGGAGACCCAGCGUCUCCUAGCGCCGGGCGGAGGCGUCGCUAUUCGCACCCAGGCGCCCCUGGGAGCUCCGCUGAUACUGUCCCCACGUAUGACCACUCCGGGAGGUCAAGCAAGCCUGCUUAACGGUUCAGGCGCGGGAACAGCCGCCGGUCUGCUGUCCCCGGGGGAGACAGCGCACCAGUUGAUCUACGCCUCGCCGUAUGCUGAUUAUGCCAACUAUGCGGCGCUCACGAACCCGCUGCUCACGGCGGAGUACGCCACCGCCGACCAUACUGCGUCGAGGUAUCUUCUUGCUGGUUUUUGACAUUGGCCUGAUACGCAACCGGCCCAAAUAAGAUACGCCAGCCUUCCACCAUCACCGUUUCAACCACCUCAACAUUAUUACCAUCCCUGACAGAUCUAAGAAUACGUAUCUAGAGUCAAAUAUGUACCACUUAAGAGCAACGUAGUUUUAAUUUUGAUAUUGUACCUUUCUCAUGUUUUCUGUUAUGUACAGACGUGUUUAUUACCUUUUAUAUUCGAACAAAUUAUUUAUUUUACAGAUUUUAAUAUAUUCUGAUGCAGAUUUUAUUUAUAUAAUUUAUUUAUUGUUUUAUGUCCUGUCGGGCAGUGGCCGUUGUUGAGUAUUUAAGUUUAUAUGAACUGCCAAUAGAAAAAUUUAAGUUACCGCUAGAUAUACAGCAAUUUAGGUACAUUUUUAUUGUAUAGAUUUCCAUAAUUCUAUUUGUGCAUGAAUCUAUCAACAUUUUUGUGAAUUCCCUUGCUUGUAACAACACUAAUAUAGUAUUAACAAUUUAUUUAGGUGUUGCUCGUAGCAAAUACCGUAAGUGUUACAUUAAGUACACUAAGGUAAAAAUUGUGCUAAUUUUUUGUUUUAAAUUUUCAAUUGAUUUUUAUGCACAACUUAAAGGUUUUGUAAUUAAUGCAUCUAGGUUUUUCUCGUUUUUAGUUCAUUUAGAGUCUUGCAUGCUCCAUUUUUAGAUUCAGCUGUGACUUAUAAUUUUAUUUACAGAAUACAAUUUGAAUUAUUACAAGCAAAAGGGACCAAUUAUUAAGAAAUUAUUAAAUUAAAAAAAUACGCAGUUAUAAUAUAUUUAACAGUUAACCUUACUGACAGUAAUUAUAGUUUAGUAAUGUACAAUUCGUCGUUGAAUAUUUAGCAUCUUAUUUUUUUUUCAUACUCGAUCGAACGAACCGUCAAUAAUUGAACAAAUAUAAAGUUUGUUUUGUUAUAUUUUCAAAGUCAAUUGACGCAUUAUUUAUCAGCCAAUAUUACUUUUAUUUAUAAACAUACCAUAGAAUAAGUUUGUAUCUUAUAAAGAUUUAUUAGAUAAUUUAGAAUGAGUGAGCUUUAUAAAUUGAUAAAUAUAUACUGAAUGUUAAGAUUAUUAAAAUCAAAAAUAAAUAUUCAAAUUAUAAAAACUGCAACUUCAAAGUAUCGGAUUAUGUUGACAUUAAUAUUUUCCAAAGCAGUAAAGUUAUAUUUUAAGAUUUAUAGUAAUAGGUUGUCGCGUAGAUAAGAAGUAUAUAGGUUAGCUAAGUAUAUAUUUACUUUUCAUGCUUCUAAAAGAGAUUUUACGUCGUUGCCAAACGCUUUUAAGGUUAUCGUUUCGCGACCGCGUCUUGAUGCUAUUAUCUAUACCGACGAAUAAUAAUCGCAUUUAAACGUAAACCUGUCUAGGUUGAUCAACUGUUAUUGAAUGUUAUAAAUGAACAAAUUCAUUCCAAGCUGGACAAUGUUUAUAGUAUGCUGGCCAAUAGCUGGCUUGUGAGACACAUUGGUUGAUGAUCCUGCUCUGUUCAGACACAGAUGAUAUAUAUGGUGUGCCGCUAGGUGUCGUGCGGAGGGCGAGUCGGCUAGCGCAAGUGAGGGAGCACCCUUACCAGCGCACAGCCUUACCGGCGCCCUAAAAUUCCCGCCGAUUUGCUCUCACGCCGCCAUUUUGUUUACAAGGUGAGGAAGCGCGAACGAUCGUAUGCCUUACUAUGAAUAAGCUUGCUUUUUGCACAAAACAUUUAUAGGUCCCGGCACGGACUUGAGCGGUAUGUUUAACUGCGAAGUAGUCACUAUUGACGGUGGAACUACACUCACCUCUCGAGAUUCGUGCCGAGGCUUAUAAUUGAUGUAUUCUGAUUUAUUUUUUUAUUUUAUUUCAAUUCUACUAGGAUUGCUAGGCCAGUUAAAUGUUUCACCGCUUCUGUUUAUUAGAUUUGUGUUAGCAAACAUAUUCGUUAGUAAGAAUGCGUGACCGCCUCUGCUUUAUGGUCUCUCUGUGUUUUCUAUUUAGUAUUAUGUACUUAUUAGAUAUUAUCUUUAGUUUUAGUUUUAAUUAGAUCGUGUAAGUAUAGUUAUUAUGCCCGCAACUACUUCAAUACUGGAUCUGAAGUGAAUCUGCAUAAUCUUAAACUGUGAUUUUUAUUUUCAAUUUAGAUUUUUAUCUGUUACACGUUGUGAUAUGGUAAGGAUCAAGUUCGGAUUGAACUUGACUGUAACACUAGUAAAGGACUUCGGUGUUACCCGCUCGCAAAUGCUGCACUAUGUCAGCUUGAUAUCACACGAACUCAUAUAUAUUCGCGUGGUGUUAGAAAUUUAAGCAAAGGAAAGAAGGAUGGUUUAUCUUUCUGUCCGUUUUAUGUUAAUUGAGAUAACUCUGCCAAAUAAUUUCAAGGUGCUAGGCUCAGGUUGUGAAAUCCUUCUUUCCUACAUCUCCCAGUAUUAGUCAAAGGACGGCGCAUUUUACAAUUCGUGCCAUUGUAUCCAGUAUUAAAGGAAAUGCACAUCCUUUGAUGCGUCUUUUAAAAACCAUCACAAGAUUUUCUUAGUCAACAUAAGUUUAUAUAAAUUUUAUAUCCGUUUCUAUUUUUGCCUUAGAUAAUAUUAUUUUAUAGGUACAUAUAUUCAUUCGUAUUUGAAAUUAUUUUUUAAGAUGCACUUGUGUCCUUGUGGAUUUAUGAAGCCAUAUAUAUAAUGUCGUAUCACGACGUAUACUGUUUGAGAUUUGUAAUAAAAUGGUUUUAUUUGUAUAGAAAAAAUCAAUUGUUGUUUGUAAAUAUGAAAUACAUUUUCCGUUGAAUAUACGAGCAAUAAAUUGUCUGAAAUAUUUA